AUGUCUCACUUUACAAGUGAAGAUGAAGCUCUGUUACAGUCUAUGCUUAGACAGUUGCUGCAGAGUGUGAAGGAAAAAAUCACUGGAGCCCCAUCUGUAGAAUGUGCAGAAGAGAUUCUCUUGCAUUUGGAGGAAACAGAUGAGAAUUUUCACAACUAUGAGUUUGUGAAAUACCUUCGACAAUAUAUAAAUAAUACUGUGGGAUCUGUGAUUGAAGAAGAAACAGAAAAAUGUACUUCUGCUCAAAAUCAGGGUGAAGUAUCUGGCUAUGACACGCUUGUCCAACAUGUUACUAAGAAGACCCGUGAAUCAAAAGAAUACAGGGAAAUGAUGCAUGCCUUGAAGAAUGUCAUGAUGGUUGUGGUAGAAUCUUUGAUUAACAAGUUUGAAGAAGAUCGGAUACGUAAUAAGGAGCUGGAUAGUAAAACAAAGAAAGAACGUAGGAGUGGCUAUUAUACAGACAACUGUUCUGACAGUGACUCCUCGUUCAACCAAAGUUAUACGUUCAUGAGUCAAGAACAGUUGCAGCUGCUUGUAGAAAGGCUUGACCCUAUUCAGCCUAAGGAAGUUCGCCAAGAAGCAUUGCAGACACUGUGCUUUGCCCCUCCCUCUGAUAUACUGAACUCUGAGAGUUGGCCAAAUCUGCGUAAGCAUCUAACAAUGUCUCUGUCAGAUCCUGAUGCAACAUUCAGUGAGAAAAUUCUUAGGUUCUAUGCAAAAACCUUUUCUUCUUCUCCAUUUAAUAUGACAAGAGAAGUCUAUACAAGUUUAGCAAGGCACUUGGAGUUGUACUUUCUUUCUGGAGAAUACUCUCUUCGUAUUUCAGCUGGUCUGGAUGUAUCUAACACAGACAUAAAUUGUUUACUUAAAAAGGUCCGCCUUUUAAAUGAGUACCAAAAGGAAGCUCCCUCUUCCUGGAUUCGUCAUCCAGAAAAGUACAUGGAAGAAGUAGUGGAGAGUACCUUGUCACUUUUGUCAGUAAAACACGAGCCUAAUCAUCCUGCCUCUCCAGAUUUUUUGAGUCCAGUCUACUUCUUAGCUCUGCUAGAUAUCAAAGCAGUAUGGUUUAAAAAGUGGACGCAUGCGUAUUACAGCAGAACAGUGCUACUUAGGCUUUUGGAAAAGAAAUAUAAAUCUUUGGUUAAUGCAGCUGUCCAGCAAUGUCUUGAUUACUUUGAAUUUUGCAAGGCAGCAGUUAAUAAAAAUUCCAGAGCCAAUGACUUCUCCCAGCAGCAUUGUAGUGAUAAGCAGAACUUGUCUUACACUGGACGAGAAUUGCAGUACGUCUAUUUUGUUCAUUCACUGUGCCUUUUAGGAAGAUUGUUGAUCUAUAAGCAAGGCCGAAAUCUCUUUCCAGUGCAGCUGAAAAAUAAAAAAGAUAGUGUAUCCAUAACCGAGCUCUUGGUAUUAUUUACUCAGCUUAUUUAUUACUCUCCAAGUUACCCAAAGACAGCUUUGGCAGUGCAUACAGAUAAUUAUUCUCCAGCAAGUCUUGUUAUGGAGAUUCUGCAAGUUUUUUGUGAUCAAACAGGAUGUGCUGCUGAAUGUUUAUAUACGGAUGCAGUGAUAGAUGCCCUACUUCAUCCUGUUCAAAGUUUCCUGAGUGGCACAGAGGUGUAUAUAAAUUGUCUUGAAACCACUUUAAUUGAUGUAGCUGAUAUUUUGGCAAGGAUUGCUGCUGUAGAAGAUGGUCUUUCUCUUCUUCUUUAUGGAGAAAAUGAAAAAACUGCCAAAGAAGAUAGUCCUACAGCUGUUCAUGUAAUUGUUCAGUUUACAAAGAAACUUCUUCGUGACGACAUUUCUCUUUUAUCUGGAUCCGAGAUUUUGCCAGUUGUUAAAGGAGCUUUCAUUUUUGUAUGUCGUCAGAUGUACAGAACUUGUGAAGGCCUGCAGAUGGUAAUUCCUUAUGGCUUGCAUGAAUCUAUCGGAGAGGCCUGGAAAAAGAUGAGUUUGCUUUCAGAAAGAGUACCCACUCCUGUAACUGCAGACUUGACUUCAUCAAUAAGUCUAGAGUCAAAAAACAUUUUGUUAUGGGAAGAGACUUUGUUAGAUGCCUUGCUAAAUUUUUCUGCCACGCCCAAAGGACUAUUUCUGCUUCAUAGUACAGGUGCCAUGAAUGACUGUGUGAACUUUAUGUUCAGCAGUUUAUCAAAAAAACUCCAGACAAAUGAGUAUGAAGAGUUUGGUAAUAGAGUGAUUGUUACACAAAUGGCAACAACACCAACAGGUGCAGUAGCUCUACAGAGUUCAGGCUUUAUAAAGGCACUUGUAACUGAAUUAUGGGCUCUUUUGGAGUGUGGAAAAGAUGAUUUGAGGAUAACCCAACCCAAAUCUACUCCAGUUGACCCUAUUGACCAAAGCUGUCAGAAGGCCUUUUUUUUGAUAAACUUGCUCACUUACCCUGCAGUUUUUGAACUCCUGAGUAAACAAGAAGUACCAAAUAAACCAAUGUAUUCACUCCGCGAAGUACCUACAGAUAUUAUUGAUAUCAUUGACAGGCUUAUAAUUUUGAAUACAGAAGCUAAAAUUCAUUCUUUAUUCCGUUAUGAACAAUCACAUAUCUUUGGUCUGAGAGAUUUUAUAAUUGAUGGACUAUCAGUGGAGAGAAACCAUGUUCUUGUAAGGAUAAAUCUGAUUGGAGGACCACUGGAAAGGAUUUUGCCUUUGAGAGUACUAGAUGAGGGCAGUGAUCCAUAUCCUUGGCCAAUGUUUUCAUCGUUCCCUUUGCCAAAGUGCUACCUUGCAGAAAUUCCUAGGAAAGCUGAAUUCAGACAAGAUAAAGAUCUUGACAAGCUUUUAUCACUCUUAAAAAGUCCGGAGAAGCAAACUGGGUGGACAGAAAUUUGUAGAAAACAGUUCUGCAAAGUCAUGAAAGCCAGACCGGAUAUCAUCAGUGGAACAAUUUUGGCAGAAUUAAUGGAAAAGUUCGUGUCACAUCUUUCUGAAAGCCGAUUGGAUUGUUACUUCAGCACAGGAAACUAUAAAGCCAUGGAUGCAGAUGUGAAGAAUGAAAGCCUUUCAUCUGUGCAGCAGCUUGGUGUUGAAAUGACAGUCAGAUAUGGAAAAUAUCUAAACUUGCUAAAAGAACAUGCUGAAAAUGGGCUGUGCUUCGUGUUAAUGAAUUGUGAGAAAUUUCUGAAACAACAGCAAAGAACUGUGGUAUCCUCACUUCGCUGCUUGCGGGAGCGCUAUGCUGGCUACGACUGGUUUGCAUCUUCUGUCUUCCUCAUCAUGUCAGGGGAUGGGGAGAAGACACUGACAUUUCUUCAGCGAUUUUCACGUCUCCUUGUUUCAGCAUUUCUCUGGCUACCAAGACUGCAUAUAUCUAUGCACCUGCCUAUUACCACAGUGGAAUCUGGCAUCCAUCCAGUCUAUUUUUGCAGUGCUCACCACAUCGAAAUGUUGAUGAAAGCUGAGUUGCCACUUGUCUUUUCAGCCUUCCACAUGUCUGGUUUUACUCCAUCCCAGAUUUGUCUGCAAUGGAUAACUCAGUGUUUCUGGAAUUACAUGGACUGGAGUGAGAUCUGUCACUACAUUGCUAUAUGUAUUUUCCUUGGUCCCGAUUAUCAAAUAUAUAUGUGUAUUUCUGUGUUCAGACACCUACAGCAAGACAUCCUACAGCACACUGAAGCCCAAGAUCUCCAGGUUUUUCUUAAAGAAGAAGCACUCCAUGGAUUUCGAGUGAGUGAUUAUUUAGAAUACAUGGAAAGCUUGGAGGCAACCUACAGACCUAUGCUGCUGAAAGACAUGAGAAACAUAAGAGUACAGAAUACAUAG